AAACGGUCUUAAUAUGCAGAUACCCACAACUGUAUUAUAAUGUAAUUAUAGCAAAGGCAUGUGGCUUCGAAAGUUUAACGUUUGUUGUUGCGUAAUUAUUACAACUGUGGCCAAAAGAAGUGUAUAGUUUGUAGUGAAAUCAGACAUGGCAACUACGUGAUAGACACGUCUAUUUCAGUUUUCGUCUCGCAAAAACUGAUUGAAGGCAUAGUAUAGUUACUGAGAGGUUAUUUCUGCCUAAAUAUGACUUGAUCUCAUUCAUGAGCUUCAUAAUGUAAACACUAGAGCUCACAGGACAGCUUGGAAUCCCUUUAAAGCACCAUUACAACACAAAAUAGGCAUUUUCACCUGCCAAAAAUUGAUUGAAGGCCAGAUACAGUUACUCAAAGGUUAUUUCUGCCUAAAUAUGACUUGAUCUCAUUCAUGAACUUCAUAAUGUAAAGAUCUGACCGCUCAACGGGCUGCCGUGCGCGCUCCCGCGGCCAGAAAUCAGAUUCUGGCAGGCAAUCACUUUUUGGCACGACACCGGCAUGUGCGCAUGCUCCACCCCCUACCCUGGCGUAUGACCCCGGAACAAAAACUUUCAAGAAAGCCGGUCACCGUAACCGGUCACCGUAACCGGUCACAUUAGCCGGUCAGUAGUGAUGGCACAAUGUGUGAAACAAAGGUCGACCGGAAAGGAGGCCAUAUUAACCCGCUGAAAUGACGCACCAGUAGUGUUGAGGAGGAGGACACUUUCCCGUCAGUUAUUCGAUUUUCUCAGUUAAAUGUAAACAGAAGUCUGAUUAGACGCCAAAUUUUUUUCAUUUUUUUUUAAUCAUAGCUCGAUUAAACGGUGCAUGUAAACAAACACUGCAUGCAAUUGGAGAUCGAUUUUCGUCGGCAUGUGUGAUAGGACCAUAGAUAUAUAUAGGAGAGGCGUUUAGGUGUUUAUGUAUAUCUAGGACAACUCAUGUGCACCUGCCCUGCCCCCCCGCGCUGUCAAUGACCCCGGAAUAAAAAUAAGCCUGUCUCAGAAGAAGAAUACAAUCAGAGGAGAACAACCACCAGAACAGCAGCAUGGAAGCUCCCAGGAGUGCUCAUUUUUGGGCAGAAGACGAGUCUGCGCUCAUGCUGACCUUACUGAAGGAGCGGAACAUUUUAAAAUACAUGGACGGGAGGAAGACCAGAAAUGGAAACCUCUUCAAAAAGGUUGCUGAGCAAAUGAGAGAAGGUGGCUUCUCCCGGACCCCUGAGCAAGUCCGCAUUCGGUGGAAACACUUGAAAAAAAAUUACUACGAUGCCAGGAAGAACAACUUCACAAGUGGCCACAACCGGGUCGCUUGUCCGUUCGGCGACGCGCUGGAGGAGCUGCUGGGACCGAAGCCUUUGUCUCAGGUCGAACAUCAUGAAGAGGACAUCGGUUUCGAGGGUCCCUUAGAUGCUGCAUCAUCACCUUCGCCCCAGGCAUCACCUCAACCCCAACCGCAGUCUUCAUCAUCAAAGAGGCCGGCGAAUUUCAGCACUGGCCCAACCAGAUGGAAAAAGACUAAGUUUGAGACACUGGAGGCCUUCGCCAGGGCCAUGAGCAGCAAUGAUGAUGAGCUGCAACUCCAGAUGCAGAGAGCACAGCAUGCCCACGAAAAUAGACUUUGUGACAGAGUGAUGCAAUCCAUAGAAUCCCUGGCAUCUACAUUGUCUAGUGCUCUCCGCCCUCCUGCUCCCUCCACACCCUCUCAUCCUGGACAGUUAUCCUGGUAUCAACCGAUGCCCCCACAACCAUCACAACCAGCCCCCGCUGGUCCCUCACUGAUGCCGCACCCACCUGUUGAAAAUGGAGGUAUUAUGCCAAGUAAUGGAAUAAAAGAAGAGGAACAGGGAGAAAUCACAACUAAAACACCUCAAUCUUCACCAGCUACCUCCAACCCACACAUCAGGCCUGACGUCUCGAAUGAAGACGUUGGAUUAACCAGCAGUCACAGCACCAACCUGUCUACCUCUCUGCUGUCAGCGUCACAGGGAACCAGAGAUGCCGUUGAUGUUGCCUCAAACACAACGUCCAAUGAGAGAUAUGUUACAGAAGAGAGCACAGCGGCAACAAGUGAUGGACAAUUACAUGUGAUAAAGACAGAGAUUAGGGUCCCAACAGGCUCAGACAGCACUGAGCACUUCAUCAGGCCGGAGGCUGCCAUCUCCACCUGCUCUGAUCUGGACACAAUGGACCUCGACCAGCUCAAGAGAGAAAAAAUAAAAAUGCAACUGAAAGUCUUGAAGUUGCAAGAUGAAUACUACACUCUGAAAAUAAACAAUCUGAAAAAAUGAAUUGGAGCAGCCUCACACGGAAGCGCUGGUGCAUCUGACUGAUGAACUCCUCCCGGAGCAGAGCCUUCUCCUCUGCGCUGGGCGCCCAGUCCUUCUGCCGGGCAGCAUUGUCUACAGGAGGGACAGACAGAAGCAGUCAAGAGUGAAACACACACUUCUUUGUCUCUUCACUUCAACCUACAGGAGCACAGAAAACUACCAUCAUCGUCAUCAUCCUCUUCCUCCUCCUGCGCUCCGUCCUCCCUCUCCUGCUCCUCCUGCAGGCGAUGCUGGAUGAGACGCUCCUGGUAGGAGUUGAGGAGGAGGUGGGCGAGCCCUCCUGAGCCUCCUGCUGGUGCUCCUGGUCCCCCCUGUGUAUCGUCCAGCAUGGCGUCCUGGGAGCGCUCCAGCACCUAAAACCAGAUUUAUGAGCCGCUCAGAAAUGACUAAAAAACACAAACUGAGUUCAGAAAUGCUGCCUAAAUUCUGCUGAAAUAACACCAUGAAGGUACUGGCACUGCAUCAGGCUCUCACCUCCUCAUCAGUGAGGUACUGUCCAACGUACUGUUCAUACAGCAGCGGCUGCCUCAUCCGCAUCUGUUCCUCACUGAAAUAUUCACCCUCUUUAAGAGGGCAAGGUGUGAAGGAAAGAAGGAAACAUAAUAUUCGUCAUCAGGUAUGCGGUACAAACAGGACUGCCAGUGAUUGGUGUAGAGAUGUUGUGAUGGCAGCAGACUGUCUGCAUAAUACCCAAGGAGCAAGAGUGAAAUAUGUUAUAUUAUGUUUGUUAAAAAGAAAACAUACACUUCUACUGGUUUCAUGGGACUUGGCUGGACCGUUUUAAAACAUUGAUCCCAUUUUAAUGGCUCAACCUGCCAGCCUGUUUGAGGGACUUGGUUUCUUUAAAAAAAAUCUGAAGUUGUCAAAAUGACACCAGUUCCAUUGUCAGAAACUGUAAAAACAGAAAUUAUCAAUGGAUUAUUAAAUUUGCGAUGAACAAAUUGUGUGACGGAACAUUUAGUUUGCACAAACCACAUCCUGUAAAAAACAUUAAGUCCUGUGACCCUCAGCACAACUGGAAAGCCAUAAAUGACUAAGCUGAGACCGACAGUCACAUGACAAAAACACUGAAAUUCAACUAGUCUCUGGCCGUUUACACAGAUCAGAGGGGAAAGGACAAGUAGGUAGUAAAAAUGUAAAUUGUUUCAUAUGUAAGGCAUUUGGAGCUUCUAUUUUUCCAAAAUAGGUAACAUGUGGGCAUUUGAAAAAUUGUUGUAUACCUUCUAUUUUUGUAAAAUAAAUGAUCAAAGAAAUAAAACUUGCAUGUUGUUUAUUUCUAGAAGAUGUAUGCCUCUACAUACUGCACAAAAAAGAUUUUUUAGUUCUCCCUGCUUCUAGCCAUGAUUGUUAGAGAUUCAGGACUUAUAUUAAAUUUAAUGAAAAACAAAGCCACA